AUUUUGAUACUAUUAUUCUCAUUUCCCAUACCUAAAAAGUAUUUUCUUAGUUAAGAUAAUUCUCAAAUCUUUCACCCCAUUUAUGGAAUAAGUAGCAGUAACAUACUACCUAGUUUACUUAAAAUUGUCGCAGCCUACCGAACUUAAAAUCAAAAAUGCAGAACCCCAAUGAAGACACUGAAUGGAACGAUAUAUUGCGUUCUAAAGGAAUCCUUCCACCAAAAAAAGAAAAGGAAAUAACGGAAGAAGAUGUCAUUAAUCUUGUAGAGCAGACAGUCCGUGAAAAACAAAAUGGAGAAAAAAAAGAUAUGGUUGAUAUGUCAUUGGAUGAAUUGGAUGAAUUAGAAGAUGAUGAAGAUGAACGAAUACUAGAAGAUUAUCGUAGACGUAGAAUAGCAGAGUUAAAAGAACAAGCACGAAAAGACGUUUUUGGUGAAGUGAUAGAAAUAAGUGGUCAAGAUUUCGUGGGUCAAAUCAAUAAAGCAGGAUCUGGAAUAUGGGUGGUUUUAUUAUUACAUAAACAAGGCAUUCCAAUUUGUGCAUUGCUGUCUGAAUAUAUGAAUCAUUUAGCAAGAAAAUUUCCUGCUACAAAAUUUGUUAAGAGCAUUUCAACAACUUGCAUCCCAAAUUAUCCAGAUAGUAAUUUGCCGACUAUUUUCAUAUAUUAUGAAGGUGACCUAAAACAACAAUUUGCUGGACCAAGAAUAUUUUCAUUAAACAUUACUCAAGAUGAGUUUGAAUGGAUGUUGGGACAAACUGGUGCUGUGAAAACAAAGUUGAAAGAUAAUCCAAGACCAAAGACUAGAGAUGUAUUGUUCGAUAAUUUACUCACUAAUAUGUGAAGAAAUGGCUCAAUAUGUUUUUAAGUUUAUAUUUAUUUUAUACAUUUCUUCCUUACUGUUUUAUGUUUGUCAAUUUUUUUUAUAACUAAUCACAUUGUGUUUGUUUUUUUAUUUAUUUUUUAAUAACAAAAUAAAUAUUAAAAUAAUUAUUAUGUUUGUUAAUUUAGACAUACACAUAAUAUAAUAUAUAUUAUACAUAAAUAUAUAAUAUGUUUAUUGUUUA